AUGUCUGCCUUCGCGUUCAUGUGGUCAGAUGUAAGGGAACAAAUAAACAAGAAGCUAAAGGAGGCACUUGAGGAGAAGGCAAGAGAAACAGAAGCGACCAAAUCCUUCUUUGUAGAGAUGGAGGCCUUAAUUGCGCUCCGUGAUCCAGCCCGACAGCGCCAAGGACAGGAGGCAGGAGGAGACAAAACAUCUAUUGUCGAUAGAGUCUCUUGCGGUAUCCACCAUCUCUUCAACUCUUUCGAGCACUCACAGCAGCAGCUACAGUGCGCCUCCGAAUGCAUACAGCAGUUGCAGAAAGAGAAGCAGCAGCUGGAGAAGCAGCUAAUGGACGCCAGAGUUGCUCUAAGGGAAGCGGAGGCGGAGAGACAGAAGCAUGACGAGACGAAAAAACAGAGGGAUGCCUUGACGGCCCAGACGGAGGCUCAGCAGCGGUCUCUGGAGCAACAAGCGUUGCUGAUCGACGGGCUGAAGCAACGAUGCUGCACUUUGGAGGCUGAGCGUCGAGACCUCGCAUCAAUGCAAAGCACAGUUGCAACAGGUACUUCCUCUUCCUUCCGGUCGUUGUUUGCUUCUUGGGGCGAAGGGAUACAAGAGAGCCGACAGAGACGCGGCCCUGACGCAGAGACGGGGGACGUGAUGGCUUACACUCUGGCUCAAGGACUUGAAACGGAGGGUCCGUAUUUGCAGCUUUACAGCGUUUUAUGCGACCAGUUCCUCUUCGAAGCUUUGUCUCUUCGCAUGCCUGUUCCGUCAUUCUUAGUGCCCUAG